GUCACACCGCAAGCCGGGUCAUGGACGAGUUCACUCGAACGCGGUCUCGCGGUCGCCAUCACCAUGGAUAAGUACGACAAGCUGGGCGUGAUCGGCGAGGGAUCCUACGGGAUCGUGCUCAAAUGUCGUCACCGGGACACCGGCCAGCUGGUCGCCAUCAAGAAAUUCCUCGACAGCGAGGAAGACAAACUCGUCCGCAAGAUCGCCCUCCGUGAAAUCAAAAUGCUCAAGCGACUGGAGCACGAGAACCUGGUGAACGUCCUGGAGGUGUUCCGCCGGCGGAAGCGGCUCCACCUCGUCCUCGAGUACGUGGACCACACCAUCCUGGAGGAGCUGGAGAACCAGCCGCACGGGAUCCCGCCAAACAGCGUCCGCGAGUAUUCCUGGCAGAUCCUCCGCGCCCUGGCCUACUGCCACGCCCAACGCGUGAUCCACCGAGACGUGAAGCCCGAGAACGUCCUGGUGUCAAAGAGUGGCGUCUUAAAACUCUGCGAUUUCGGAUUUGCCCGACUCUUCCCAAAACCGGGGGAAUCGUGCACGGAGUACGUGGCCACACGGUGGUACCGUGGACCCGAGCUCCUCGUCGGAGAUACCAAAUACGGACCGGAGGUGGACGUAUGGGCGGUGGGGUGCCUAUUUGCAGAGAUGACGACGGGAGAGCCCCUAUUCCCAGGCGAAUCGGACAUCGACCAGUUGUUCCUCAUCGUACAAGCCCUCGGAAGAGUAUGCGAGCGGCACCAAGACCUCCUGCGUGGCAACCCAGCCUUCCUCGGCCUCAAGAUGCGGCCCGGCGCCAAGGACAGCAGCCUGGAGUCCCUCCUCCCGGGGAUGGAGGUGACCAGCUUCCGCUUCCUCAAGGCCUGCCUGACCAUGGACCCCUCCGCGCGCCCUCUGUGCGAUGCCCUCGUCCACCACGCCUACUUCACACGGGACGGGUUUCCAGAACAGUUCCUUCCCGUUCUAAAACAAAAACUCGCUCACGAGUUCCUCUCCAACCCUCUCCUCAAGAAGUCACGCAGAUCAGGAGAUGGGAGCAGGAAGUGGCAUGGACUGGGACUUAUGUCCAGAUCUGGCUCAGGAUCAAAGCCAAGUAGUGCCUUGCAACUCCCUCAAGCUCACCACAUUCACGACCAGGAACUCACAGCCAGGCUCGGAAGACGCAUAGUGAAGGGGUCCCCCUACUUGGAAAGCGUGAAGAAGCAGCUGCCCCAGCCAUGGAGGAACCCAGGGCUACCCAGCCACCUCCCUGCUCUCACGAGGCGCAGCCUGAACAAGAAGCGACCCACGCUCGUCCCAACUGUAUCAAGUGUCUCCACCAUCGAGAGCCUUUCCCCCAAAUCCAGUAAGAGCAACUCCCCCACAUCGCCAGCCCGGUCAGGCAAGGGGGGCGGGAAGGACAAGGAAAAUCUCCCGGCGAUUCCAUUUCUGUGAUUCCUCGCUUGUGGCAUCCGUGCUGUCAAAGUUUCUCUCGGACGUUCUUGGGGAAAAGCAAGGGCUAGGCAUUUUUUUACUGCAUGCAUUUUUACUUCCAAGUCUCCUUAAAAGAAAAUGAUAUAUAUUUUGUACACCUUUGGCAAGGUUGAGAUUUGGAAUUUUGCAAAGACACGUCUACUUAAAUGAACGAGUUCAAAUAACCGAGUGGCAACCUGAUGAAAUGAUAACUUAGAUGCUUUUGAAUUCUCAUGACAAAAAUCACAAUCUACAAAAGAAACAUCCCAAUUUCGGCUGUGCAAGACACUAAUCAAGAAGUCCUACAGAUGAAAAGCCCUGGAAGCGGGUAAAAUCAUGGCACGAAUAAAGUGUCUGUCUCUAGCUUUCCCCUAACUGUCUUCUUUUUCUGAAUCUCUUUUUGGCAAUCGCAUGUGUCCUUGUCUGUUUCACACCAAUACAGAGGAGUGCACAUGAUGAGGGAUUUGGCUUUCACUCACAUGAGAGUUGUUCUCGGAGACUCCUCACUUCCGCACGGAGAUGAUCAAUUUCCCGCUUCAGCUCAUCCUGUACAGAUAUAUAUGAGAAAC